CAUGUUCGAAAUAAACUCAAACUCAAAUGUAAACAUAAGAGAUGUACCAAUGUUUUUUCAGGGCCGAUACCGAUUAUUAGUCGCCAAGGAGGCCGAUUACAGAUAUUUAGAGCCGAUAUUUAUUUUCAGUAAAAGUUAUUUAAACAUAAAUAAUAUACACCAGUAAACUGCUGGACAAAUCUUCAAAUAGUAUUUUUAACAUAUUUUUUUAGGAAACUUCGGACCAGUAGCAACAUAAAUGUUUUAUGCGCCGCGAAUGCUUUGGUUAAUUUAGCACCAAUUAACGUCAUAGAAUUUUACAUCUUCAUCACAUUUGUCUAGAUUAGCAUUUCAAAAUGCAGAAAAUCUCCUGGGAAAAUUGGUUAAUAUAUGAGACCUGACAUAUACAUGACAUCAACAUCACAAUAACUCGCCAUCUACUCGAUUUCAUACAAUUUUAUAGCCGUUUAUGGAUUUAAUACAUUGUAAAGUGCCCUUGUGAAGAACCCUGGAAUAUAGCGAACAUAUAAAUUAAAACAACUCCUUCAUGUAGCUUAUAAUUUAGUCAUUUUUCAAAAAGUAUGAGAAUGUGUGAGCUCCUGCCUGCUCUUCUUAACUUACAUAAUAACUUUUCUAUUUGUCAAGAUAUUUACACAAUGUUUGGAUUUUUGACAGGUAUCUUUUCUGUCAUAUUCAUGUCCCUCCAUCUCUGCUGCAUUGUUAUUUGAUGGAAUCACAGAGCAUCAAACUUGCAGCGCUCUUUAAAUAAGCCCACGCUCUGAGUGUUGCGGACGGAUGUUUGUCAAGUCUCCCAGCUGGCUCGGGUACGCCUCGGGAUCUCCCGGCAGCCUCAGCUGACAGCCAUCUUGAACAUGAUGGCGAGGGAAGCUGUGCGUAAAAUCUGCAGCAUCUUCAGCGAGCUGUGCGGGAGCUUGGCGAAGGAGAAUGAGACCUUGAAGGGCAAAGUGGAACAACUGGAGAGGGAGCGCAGCUCAAAGGACAAACUAACAUCUAGAGCUAAGAAAACAAAGAAUGGAGCCGCCGUCUCAGUAGACUUGAAACGACCAGCUGCAGACCCCAUGACGCUCGCCGUGGCCAUCCUCAAAAAAGCCAAAGAAUCCUGCGGCAAAGCGAGCUGCAGUCCUCCAUUGCCUGUGGUCAUCAUCAAGUCGCCCGUUCACGGGGCAUUCAGAGUCCAGCCUGGUCCCGUUUCCUCCAUGCAAACGCCACAUCAGUCCGUAAACAACCCUCAAUCCAACCUGCUUUCAGAAGUCAUCCAGUCCUGCAGUACGACAUCACUUCCUGAUGAUCGGCGGGCGUGUGAGGCAGCCAAAGAAGAAAAAUCCUUUGAAGAGGCAGAGAAGGGAGUAGAACCAGUCCAAGUGAAAAUUGAAGAGCAGACGGUGGCUGACACUUAUCAAGCUGCUGCCGGUGAAGAGGACCAGAAGGAGCAUGAGAGAAAGAGAAGGAGGGAGCUGUAUAAGCAGAAGAGGUUUUUCUGUGAGCGCUGCAACAAAGGCUUCCACCAGAAGCACCAGCUGAGGAAGCACGUGUCUCGUCACGUCAAGCCUUUCCCCUGCACGCUGUGCGACAAAGGCUUCUACGAGGCCAAAACCCUACAGAAGCAUCUGCUGGGCCACCAGCUGAAAGACGCCCAGGAGCGUGACCCCGACAAGAUGAUCGCCUGCGAUCAGUGCAACAGAAAGUUUAGGCUGGCACGGCAGCUGCGAGUCCACCAGGCCACCCACCGGCUGGAGAAGACGCCUUUGCGGUGCGGCACCUGCGAGCGCACCUUCACCUCCUUGGCCGUAUUGCGCUACCACGAGGUGUCUCACACCGAGAUCAAGCCCUACAUUUGCGACGUCUGCGGGAAAGGCUUCCUCAGGAAGAAGAACCUCCGUGAGCACCAGAUCGUCCACACGGGUGCACGGCCCUACCCCUGUCCGACUUGCGGCAAGAGGUUCUCCACCUCCGGCAACCUCCGAGUCCACAAAAGGUCGCACUCAGAGGACCGGCCCUUCAAGUGCACAGAGUGCGACAAGGCCUUCAAGAGUCGCAUGGGCCUGCUGCAGCACCGCGUUGUCCACUCGGGGGAAAAACCCUUUAUGUGUCAGACAUGCGGGAUGAGAUUCGGCCUAAAGUACAACUUCCAGAGGCACUUGCGCCUCCACAACGGAGAAAAACCGUGCAGGUGCGAGAAAUGUGGUGAAGGCUUCUCGGGGACGUGGGCCUUGAAGACCCACAUGCUGGUGCACGGCAUGGAGAAGCCCUUCAUGUGUGACUUCUGCGGGAAGACCUUCUUCUACAACUGUCAGCUGCAGAAGCACCAGCUGCUGGUCCACAAGGACAAAGACGGCGUGAAGGCAGGGGGUGUGUCCAAGCGGCAGCGGCCGCCGGGCAUGAAAGCGUUCAGUUGCAAGACGUGCAUGAAGAGCUUCAGCAGCAGCAGCACCCUGCGCACGCACGAGAAGAUCCACGCUGACAACAAGGAGUUUGUGUGCGAGACGUGCGGCAAGUCCUUCCACUUGCGCCACCUCUACGUCUACCACAUGAGGAGGCACAGUGGCGACCGGCCGCACAAAUGCGACGUCUGCCAGAAAGGCUUCAUGCUGGUGUCGCAGCUGAGGCAGCACGAGCGCCUGCACACGGGUGCCAAGCCGCACAAGUGCCAGGAGUGCGGCAAGGCCUUCAGGACGUCGCAGAACUACCACCGCCACCUGCUGGUGCACACAGGGGAAAAGCCCUACGAGUGCGUCAUGUGCAGCAGGAAGUUCAGACAGUCCAACCAGCUCAAGUCACACAUGCAGAUCCACACCGGCAUCAAGCUCUACUCCUGCCAGAGCUGUGGGCGGGGCUUCUCGGACUCCAGGCAGCUCAAAAAGCACAACUGUGGCGACUCGCAGCCAAACUCGCUCGAGUCCGGAAGCAAGCUUAAGAAACAGAGGAAUGUUUUUCCGUGGAGCGAGGGCUUUGUGAACGAGUGAUCUGUCAUCCUAAAACUUCUGUGGGGGAUGACGUCACAGCUCCCUUCAGCCAGUCACGGUCUUGUACGAGAAGAUGAUCAUGUGGCAAGAAAUUAACCACACAAUCUAUAAGGCAGGGGUCUCAAACUCAAUUUACCGGGGGGCCACUGGAUGCAGAAACUGGGUGAGGCUGGGCCGCAAGAAAAGAUUUCUUAAAAAAAUCUAACAUGCAUUUUUUUAUUAAUUCACCUUCUUUGAAUGGCUUUCCCGCCCUAGCAACAUACUUGUUCUUUCCGGGAAACACCCGAAUAUCAGUGCCCCUCACGAAAAUCUCCCAGGGCAAUCAUUCUCCCGGUUUCCACCCGAACAACAAUAUAUUGUAAAAUAUACACCCCAGCUGCCCCAACCCUGCCCCCUAUUGUAGCCCGGAAGAGUUAGGGCUGCAUUGGAUUCUGGGUAUUUGUUCUGUUGUGUUACGGUGCAGAUGUUCUCCCAAAAUGUGUUUGUCAUUCUUGUUUGGUGUGGGUUCAUGAAGACCCCAGCCACCCCAACCCUGCCCCCUAAUGUAGCCCGGAAGAGUUAGGGCUGCAUUGGAUUCUGGGCAUUUGUUCUGUUGUGUUUAUGUUGUGUUACGGUGCAGAUGUUUUCCCAAAAUGUGUUUGUCAUUCUUGUUUGGUAUGGGUUCACAGUGUGGCAAAUAUUUGUAACAGUGAUAAAGUUGUUGAUAUGCCCACCCUCAGUGUGACCUGUAUGGUUGUUGAUCAACUAUGUCUUGCAGUCACAUACUGUGUCUUCAGAAGCCAAAUACAACAUGUGGCUGGGCUGGCACGCUGUUUGUACGUAUUGUAGAGGAUGUUAAAGGCAGUGCCUCCACGGUGCCCCCUUAUUAUCGUUGUUAGGGGGGAAUUUGGGAGAAUGAUUACCCCUGGAAGGGCACUGACAACUGGGAGUCCCCCGGAAAAAGCGAGAGUAUACAAGUAUGACGCUGUAAAGCGUUAUUCAUAUAAAACUCGCGGGUCGCACCAACAUUCAAUUUUCAUAUUAAGGUGCGGGCCGCAAAAUAACAUCUCGCGGGCCGCAAUUGGCCCGCGGGCCGUGUGUUUGAGACCCCUGCAAUAAGGGAUAAUCAAAGCUGUGGUUUCAGUCAAAUAGAAACAAAUACAACGGCACAAAGAACAAUAAAGAUAUUUUGCUAUAUGUAUAGAAAUUGUUAUAUUUACUGAGCUGAGUCAUUUAAAUACUAUUUUGCUGAUAAUAUAAUUUAAUGUGAUAAUUUUCCUUAUAAAACUUGUCUGAAAUCAAAGAUGAACUGUAACGACAGUGAUGUACACAUGUUUCACAUGCAUACACGUUAAAACCCAUAUUCAAUUGCAAUGUUUUUAUGUUGAAAGAGUAAAAUUGUGUAUUGUAA